AUGAGAAAAUUUUUAAAUUAUUUCGAAACAAAUAAACGUAAAAGAUUACCAAGUUCUAGUUUAAUUCCACAUAAUGACAGUACUCUAUUAUUUACAAAUGCGGGUAUGGUACAGUUUAAGAAUCAAUUCACAGCUUUAGAAGAAUCUAAAUAUAAAUUAGUUACAACAUCACAAAAAUGUGUUAGAGCAGGUGGCAAUCAGAAUGACUUGGAAAAUGUUGGAUAUACAGCAAGACAUCAUACAUUUUUUGAAAUGUUGGAUUCAAUUCAACAAGCUUGGAACCUUUUAACUAAAGAUUUCGGUUUGCCAAAAGAAAGAUUAGCCAUUUCCGUAUUGGAAGGUGAUGAAGGAGAGGUCAAAUUGGGCUUUCAAAUGAUAAAAUUAUCAAUACCUUGUGUCGAUACUGGUUUGGGUCUAGAGAGAAUGGCAACAGUGCUUCAAGAAAAAACAACAAACUAUGAUAUAGAUCUAUUUCAAAAUUUAAUCAAUUCAUUCAAAGAGCAAGUUAUGAUCGACCCACCUAAAGCCUUUAUUCAAUGUUUCAUUCUUUAG